AUGGAAGAAAAUGGUUCGGAGUCUGCCUCGCUAACCACAAGACGAGUCGAAAAAGGAUCUCACGACUGGGUGGUGAAACCCUACCACUGCCGCAUAAAGUACGGCGUCGACAAGCCACUCGAGAGCGAGGAGUUCUGGAUGUGCGGCCGCCGUUGGGUGCUCCUCCUGUUCCCGGACGGGAAAACCACUGUCGCCUACUGGUGGGGAUACGCCUCCCUAUUUCUAACUACCAGGGACGACGAGAAUAUUGCCGGCGACAUUAUUCAUUUCGCGAUGUGCUUGUCGGUUUUGGACCAGUCCGGCGAAGGCAAUGAUUGGGUAAAUGACUUCGGCGGCAGGAUGUCAUCUCUGGAACCGGGCGUGAAGCUGGGGGAAAUUAACUACAUUGGGCGAAGGAAGCUGGAAUCCCCCAACUAUCUGAAAGACGAUUGCUUAAGAAUUCGCUGCGAAAUUAAACUCGUCACUUCUGAGGUUGAGACCCUGCCUCUUAUCAAGGUCCCGAAAUCGAGCAUCGCGGAAGACUUUGGCAAGCUGUUGGAAAGCAAGGCAGGAGCUGACGUGCUAUUCCGGGUCGGGUGCGAAUGCUUUUCCGCGCAUAAGUGGAUAUUAAUAGCCUCAUCUCCCGUUUUCCGGUCACGUCUUUUAAAUUGUCCACAAUCACAGGAGGAGAUUGUUAUCCCAGAUAUGGAGCCCAGAAUAUUCAAGGCGAUGCUGUGGUUUAUCUACACAGGAACUCUGGUGGAAGAAGAAGAAGAAGAAGAAGAAAAUGAUGUUAGUUAUUCUGCUUCAUUUAUGGGGAAAAUGCUUGCGGCAGCUCAUCAAUUUGAACUGCAAAAACUUAGGAAGAUUGGCGAAUCAAGCUUUCUACAAAAAAUUUCAGCAGAAUCAGUUGCAUACUUGUUACAUCUCGCAGACCUUUAUCACGCAACUGAAUUAAAAGCAGCAUGUCUUAGAUUUGCAGCUGAAAAUCGUCUGGCUGUCUUGGAUUCGGAAGGAUGUGAAUACCUUAGGCAAUCUUUCCCAUCAUUGUUUUUGGAGUUGGCCUACCAAAAUCCGUCUAGCAGCGAAGGAAAGGAACUUGACUUCUGGAACAAAAUCACAUCUGGUUUAAUGGAGCUCUUUUGA